AUGCUGGAUGGCCAAUCCCAGGUGGUCCUAGAGGGUGCCCACCCGGGGAAUCUCCUACAUUCCCUUGGAUCGGCGAUCGAAUCCAAUCGACAGCCGUUUUGUACUGAUAGCGAGGGCUGGGGCCCUUUCAGCUCAUCUAGGUUCGAUCUGACGCCAUGCUUCCUUGACGUGAUCCUGGCCGUUGUGGCUGUCUGGGGUACAUUGAGUGGACUGGCGGCCCUGUGGCUGUUGUUGAAGAAACGUAUUCCGCAGCCCGUAUCAAAGAACUGGCAUUUCUACACAAAGUUGGCUGUGCUCGCCGCUAUCAUCCUCGUAACCGCGCUCCAAGCUGCUAUCCAAGUCGAAUCGGAGCCGAAAGCCUUCCAUGCCGAUUUCCGAUUCUGGUCCUCGAUCUUGAUAAUCGUGUCGCUGGGCGUGAUAACCUCGGUGCAAUACUUUGAGCACUGGCGGAGUAGACAACCAAAUGGCGUUGUGCUAUUCUACUGGCUUUUCUUCAUCAUUGCAUAUGCCGUCAAGUUGCGCUCGUUGGUCGCGCGCAAGGAAUACGUCCACUCACUGCCUUAUUUCGUCUGUGUGAAUGUGAGCUUAGGGCUUGCGCUCUUCGAGUUUGUGUUGGAAUACUUUGUUCCCAAGAAGCAAAGCGCAUACGAUGCUCUUGGAGACGAGGAUGAAUGUCCAUACAACUAUGCGGACAUCUUCUCCGUUCUUACAUUUGGCUGGAUGACCCCGAUGAUGAAGUUUGGUUACACCAACUAUCUCACUCAGGAUGAUCUUUGGAACCUCCGCCGCCGCGACACUACUCGAGUGACGGGCGACGACUUGAAGGCGGCUUGGGAAGAACAGCUCGAGACAAAGAAGCCAUCUCUGUGGAUCGCCCUCUUCCGGGCUUUCGGAGGUCCCUAUGUCCGUGGUGCAAUUAUCAAAUCUGGAAGUGAUAUCCUUGCUUUUGUGCAGCCACAACUCCUCCGACUUCUCAUUGCGUUCAUCGAUUCGUAUAGAGGACCAGACCCACAGCCCGUCAUCAGGGGUGUUGCGAUUGCGCUGUCUAUGUUCCUCGUUUCUGUGUGCCAGACCAGUUUCCUCCAUCAAUACUUCCAGCGUGCGUUCGACACCGGCAUGAGAGUCAAGUCAGCCUUGACCGCCAUGAUUUAUGCCAAGUCAAUGAAGCUGUCCAAUGAAGGACGCUCGACGAAGACCACCGGUGAUAUUGUCAACCACAUGGCUGUUGAUCAGCAGCGCUUGGCGGAUCUGACGCAAUUUGGCACCCAGCUUAUUUCUGCCCCAUUCCAGAUCACCCUAUGCAUGGUCUCUCUCUACCAGCUUGUCGGACCCAGUAUGUUCGCCGGUGUUGGAGUGAUGCUUCUCAUGAUUCCCCUCAACGGUGUCAUUGCCCGGGCCAUGAAGAAGUUGCAAAUUGUUCAAAUGAAGAACAAGGACUCGAGAACCCGUCUCAUGACCGAGAUCCUGAACAACAUCAAGAGCAUCAAGCUCUAUGCCUGGAACACGGCUUUCAUGAACAAACUCAGCCAUAUCCGAAAUGAUCUUGAGCUGAACACGCUUCGCAAAAUUGGAGCUACCCAAUCUGUUGCCAACUUCACUUGGCAAUCUACCCCCUUCCUGGUGUCUUGCUCUACCUUCACUGUGUUCGUGUUGACAAGCGACAAGCCCCUUACCACUGAGAUUGUGUUCCCUGCUUUGACGCUGUUCAACUUGUUGACUUUCCCCCUCUCCAUUCUGCCCAUGGUCAUCACAUCCAUCAUCGAGUCUUCCGUGGCUGUCAAGCGCUUGAUGGACUACUUCACCGCAGAGGAGUUGCAGACCAACGCGGUCAGCUUCCAAGACCCAGUCGCGCACAUCGGCGACGAGUCUGUCCGAGUUCGUGACGCCUCCUUUACUUGGAACAGACAUGAUGGCGUCAACGUUCUGGAGAACAUCGAUCUCAGCGCACGCAAGGGCGAGCUCACCUGUAUCGUUGGACGUGUCGGUUCCGGAAAGUCCUCCCUCCUCCAGUCAUUGUUGGGUGACCUGUGGAAGAGCCAGGGAGAGGUAGUCGUCCGUGGCCGCAUCGCAUAUGUGGCCCAAGCACCGUGGGUAAUGAACGCCAGUGUCCGGGAAAACAUUGUUUUCGGACACCGCUGGGACCCAGCAUUCUAUGACCUUGCCGUUGAGGCUUGCGCCCUGGUUGAUGAUUUCAAGAACCUGCCCGACGGUGAUCAGACCGAAGUCGGAGAGCGUGGAAUUUCUCUUUCUGGUGGACAAAAGGCUCGACUGACACUCGCCAGAGCUGUCUAUGCUCGUGCCGAUAUUUAUCUCCUGGACGAUAUUCUCUCCGCUGUUGACCAACACGUCGGACGGCACAUCAUCAACAAGGUUCUCGGAAAGACUGGUCUCCUCAGUGGCAAGACCAGAAUUCUGGCAACAAACGCGAUUACAGUACUCAAGGAAGCUGAUUUCAUUGGCCUAUUGCGGGACAAGACGAUCAUCGAAGAAGGAACCUAUGAACAACUCAUGGCCAUGAAAGGCGAGAUCGCUAACCUUGUUCGCACAACGGUUGUUGACUCGGAUGACGAGGGCACCGCCAGUGGCUCAGAAGAUCUUGCGAGUCUUGAAAGCUCUGUCACUACCACCAUCGUCCAAAACGGAGGUUCAUCCGACAGCGAGGAGGCAGAGCAGCCCGGCGAUCUUAUUCCUAUCCGCACCGGCGGCGGCGGCGCAAACGGAGAGGCUCGUAGACGAACCUCUACCGUUACCCUGCGUCGCGCAAGCACCGUCAGUUGGCAGGGUCCCCGGCGCAAGCUGGGAGACGAGGAGAAUGUCCUCAAAAGCAAGCAGACCCAAGAAACAGCGCAGCAAGGAAAGGUCAAAUGGGGUGUUUACGGCCAAUAUGCCAAGGACAGCAACAUUAUGGCAGUCGGAUUCUAUCUCUUUGCCAUGUUGGCCGCCCAAACCGCCCAGGUUGUGGGUAAUUUCUGGUUAAAGAGCUGGACUGAGUGGAACGAAGCACACGGAAGCAACGCUAACGUUGGCAAGUUCAUUGGUGUCUACUUGGCUCUUGGUCUGGGUUCAUCCCUUCUGGUCAUUUUCCAGAACUUGAUUUUGUGGAUUUUCUGCUCCAUCGAAGCAUCCCGCAAGCUCCACGAGAGGAUGGCAUUUGCAAUCUUCCGUUCUCCCAUGAGCUUCUUCGAGACCACACCGUCUGGCCGUAUCUUGAACCGUUUCUCCAGUGAUAUCUACCGAGUUGACGAGGUACUUGCACGUACCUUCAACAUGCUGUUUGCAAACUCCGCUCGCGCCAUCUUCACCAUGGUUGUCAUCGCCACAUCUACCCCCGCAUUCCUGAUCUUUGUCAUCCCCCUGAGCUAUGUCUACCUCAGCUAUCAGAAGUACUACCUGAGAACUUCUCGCGAGUUGAAGCGUCUGGACAGUGUCACCCGAAGCCCCAUCUUCGCUCAUUUCCAGGAAUCUCUGGGUGGAAUUUCGACCAUCCGUGCCUACAGACAGGAGAACCGCUUUUUGCUCGAAAACGAAUGGCGCAUGGAUGCCAACCUUCGUGCCUACUUCCCAUCCAUCAGCGCUAACCGCUGGCUCGCUGUUCGCCUCGAGUUCAUUGGUUCGAUCAUCAUCCUUGCAUCUGCAGGUCUUGCCAUCUUGUCUGUUGCUACUGGCAGCCGUCUUUCUGCGGGCAUGGUCGGUCUUGCUAUGUCGUACGCUCUUCAGAUCACCCAGUCUUUGAACUGGAUCGUCCGCCAGACCGUCGAGGUCGAGACCAACAUCGUGUCCGUUGAGCGAGUUCUCGAAUACGCCAAUCUCCCAAGUGAAGCGCCCGAUGUGAUCUUCAAGCGCCGCCCUGCUAUCGGAUGGCCGGCCCAGGGUGCUGUCUCUUUCAACGACUACAGCACCCGCUACCGUCCCGGGUUGGACCUUGUGCUCAAGGACGUCAACUUGGACAUCAAGCCCAAGGAGAAGAUUGGUGUUGUUGGCCGAACGGGUGCUGGAAAGAGUUCGCUCACGCUCGCUCUUUUCCGUAUCAUUGAGGGUGUCAAUGGAAACAUUGGCAUCGAUGGACUUGAUAUCUCCACUAUUGGUCUGACUGACCUUCGUGGCCGACUCGCCAUCAUUCCCCAAGAUCCUGCCAUGUUCGAAGGCACUCUUCGUGACAACCUGGAUCCCCGUCAUGUCCAUGACGAUACCGAGCUUUGGAGCGUACUUGAUCACGCAAGAUUGAAGGAUCAUGUGUCUCAAAUGGAGGGACAACUCGAUGCUCAGAUCCAGGAAGGAGGCUCCAACCUAAGUCAAGGACAGCGUCAGCUGGUGAACCUUGCUCGAGCUCUCUUGACUCCCAGCAAUAUCCUUGUCCUAGACGAGGCAACUGCUGCCGUUGACGUAGAGACCGACGCACUCCUGCAGCGCACCCUGCGCAGCAGCGUUUUCUCCGAUCGAACCAUCAUCACAAUCGCGCAUCGCAUCAACACGAUCAUCGACUCGGAUCGCAUCGUCGUUCUAGACAAGGGGCGCGUGGCUGAGUUCGACACACCCGCAGAGCUGAUCAAACGCGGCGGCAAAUUCUACCAGCUGGCCAAGGAAGCCGGCCUGCUCGACAGCGACGGAUCCAUCUCACAAGCGCUGUGA